AUGUCAAAUAUAUCUAGUCUACAAAAUAAGUCAUUUUCAUCGUUGAAUCGAAAAAGUUCAUCUAGUGGGAAAUAUGGAGUUCAACCAAAAGACAAUUUAACUGAAACUUAUGAAUCAACAUUUAAACCUGGACCAAGAAAAGUAUUAUUUCAUAGUACUAUAUCUGAAACAGUUAAAAAAUCAUCAGAUACAAGACAAAGAUUGGAAUCAUUACAAACUAGAAAACGAAUCCUAAUACCAGUAGAAUCACCAUCACCACCAAAAUCACCACCACUACCAAAAUCACUACCACUACCAAAAUCACCACCACCACCACAAACACCUCAAUUACCAAAAGUGAAAGAUUGUGAGGGAAAAAUAAUAGAUAUAGAACAAGCUGGCCUUUCCAAAAUCAAGAUUUUUCAACUACUUAAAUCAUUUCAAUAUUCUGGUGAACAACUUAAAAAAAAUGGUAAAAAGACAUAUUCUUUAAUCAUCUCCACCAAUGGACAAUAUUUAGCAGUUUGUCAAGAAUUACCGGAUAUAGCGUAUCAACCACUUGAUGGUUUUAUUGUUAAUUUAAACGAUCAACUAGAAGAAUUUGCAUUUGCUGAAGAUAAAUUUAUAUUACAACUAAAAGAAAAAGGAAAAUUCAUAAUAGCUAGUCAUUAUGGAAGAGAUGAAGAUAUUAGAGCAUAUUUCAAGAAUCAUCCCAACCCCAAGGUUCAAGUUGAUAAAUUAUUGACAAAGGGAGCAGAAACUAAAUUAUUAAAUCAUUCAAUCAAUGAUCCUCUUAGGAAUAUAUCCUAUCGAGCCCCAACUAGAAGUUCAGCAAGAAUAGCUGCAGCACAUAUAGAAAAACAAUCACAACUAGUGGAAGUACUUGAUGAUAUUGAUGGGAAAUUUUUCUCUGGUACAGACUAUGUUGAUCAUGGACCAAUACCGCCUUUUAAACCUGCGUUAAGAUAUAAAUUUUAUAAUGGAUAUGAUAUUACAGUUACACAAGAAGAUUUUAAAUCAUUACAUCGAAAUAAUUGGGUAAAUGAUGUCGCAAUUGAUUUCGGGUUAAGAUAUAUUUUAGAAGAAGGUAUUUCCAAAAAUAUUGUCAAGGCAAAUGAAAUCUAUACUUUUAAUUCAUUUUUUUAUUCCAAAUUAGUAAGUAAAGAUGAACUUAAAAAACCAAUAAAUUAUUAUGAAAAUGUCAAAAAAUGGGUUAGUAAAAUUGACUUAUUAAGCUAUCCAUAUGUUAUAUUACCAGUAAAUGAAGAAUUCCAUUGGUAUUGUUGUAUAAUUAGAAAUUUACCUGAUCUUUUAGGUACGGACUUGGAAGAAAUUGAUCCAGUUACAAAAAAAGUUAGAGGAGUUGUUGAAAUAUUUGUUUUUGAUUCAUUAAAAGCCAAAAGAGAAAAUGUCAAAGUACCUUUAAAAAAUUUUAUAAUUGAUUAUUGUAAAGACAAGUUUAAUGUUGAGAUAGCACCAACUAAAAUUACUGUGAUAAAUGCAAAAGUUCCACGUCAAAAUAAUUUCAAUGAUUGCGGUAUUCAUGUUCUUUAUAAUAUUAAAAAAUGGUUAAAUAAUAUUAUACAAUGUGAACAAAAUUGGAGAAAAUUCCAAGUUGGGGUUUCUAAAAGUAUAUUUUCAGGUGAAGAGAGAAGUAACGAAAGAAAAUAUUGGAUUGAUAUUUUGACAAAAUUACAUGAGAGACAAGAUCAUCGACAAGAAGAACUAAAUGAAGAAGAAGAAGAGGAUGUCAUUGAGAUUGUAAUGGAUAACUUACCAACGAAAGAACCUUUGCAAGUGAAAGGUGUUGAGGAAAUUAAAGAUGAUAGUAAAAUUUCCUUAAGAGAAUUAACUCCAUUAAACAAAUCCAACUCUUCAGAGCCGUCAGAACUCAUUCCUUCAAAAUCAAUCAUUUCUCCAGCUGGACUGCAGAAAAAAGUUGUAGUACCUGAAAGAUUACAACCAUGUUUAGAUUUAUUGAAUGGAUUAACUGCUGAUGGUAAGAACAUGGAAGAUGUUGAUAUACUCAAUUCUCAAGUUGAAGAUCAUAUUGAAAUAGUCAAUUCCCAAGAUACCCAACAACUAUCCAAAGAAAGUCAAGAUUCCUAUAAAUCAAUUCAUCUGGAAGAAUUGACGUCCUCAAAAUUACUCAAUGAACAAUUGGAAGUUUUAUUAAAAGAUUUUGAAUUAACAGAUGAAAUUUAUGACUUGAUAAAUCAACAUAUUGAUCGAAAUGCUGGUAGAAUUAAAUUAAAUAUAGUUAAACAUAAACUUUCUAAAAUAAAAGAUAAUUUGACUGAUGAAGCAAUACAAGAAUUUAAAAAUUUUUUAACAACUUUUCAGAGUAAAAAUGUUGUUGAUGGAAUUGGAGGUUUAAAUAUUGAAGAUCGACCAAGUACUCAAAUGGGUAAAGAAGAUCAAAUAGACAAUCAAAUGGAUGAAAAAGGUCAGCCGAAUGGUCAAAUGAAUAAAGAGGAUCAAUCAAAUAAUGUGGUUCAUCUGAAUUUUUUGGAAAAAGAAGAUUCUCCAUAUAAAAUGGUCCAUCUGGGACUUCCACAAAAUGAAGAUACACCAAAUAAUGUUGUUGCACAAAUGAAAUGUUUAGAAAAAUUAAAUAAUAGAUUAUCAUCAAACCCUAAAGGUCAAUUUGCAAAAUAUUUUCACUCAAAAGAAGAACCAGAUUUUGUUGAAAGUGAAGAGUAUGAACCUGAAAAAAUUACUAAAGUUGUCAGACCUAAAAUCAAUGAAGACUAUUCAGGAAUAGCUAAAAGUGCAUUAGGCUUAACUACUAAUCUUAAAAGUGAAGAAUAUAAAAAACAAAAGUAUAAUACCCGAAAACUUAUCGAGGAAUCGGAUUUUCCUCACAAAAAACCUCGACUUGAUUAG